AUGGCUCUGGCACUCUUGCAGGGCUGGUGUAGGACCAUGAGUGUGGAUGAUCAGAAAUCCCUGAUGGUGAUGGGGAUCCCGGUCAAUGAGGCUGAGAUUCAGGAGGUUCUCCAGCAGACUCUACAGUCUCUGGGCAGGUAUAGACUGCUUGGCAAAAUAUCCAGGAAACAGGAGAACGCCAAUGCUGUCUUACUGGAGCUGAUGGGGCAUGAUGUCUCAGUGAUCCCCAGUGAGGUUCAGGGCAAGGGAGGCAUCUGGAAGGUGAUCUUUAACACCCCAAACCAGGACCCUGAAUUUCUGGAAAGACUCAAUCUUUUUCUAGAAAAAGAAGGUCAGACAGUUGCAGGCAUGUUCAGGGACCUGGGGCAUGAGGGCAUGACUUCCCCCACUGGGCCCUGCAUGUCACCAGAGCUACUGGCCCAUUUGGUGGGACAGACAGUAGCCCAUGGGCAGCCUCUGCUACCCUUGAGAUACUGGAAACUGAGGGUUUUCUCCGGAAACCCCAAGGAGGAGCCCUUUGAAAUCUGGUUGGAACAGGCCAUUGAGAUAGUCAAAGAGUGGCCAGUAGCAGAGGCAGAAAAGAGGUGACUGAUGGAAAGCCUGCGUGGCCCAGUGGUGGACCUCAUGCAUAUAGUGCAGGCAGACAACCCGGCCACCAGUGUGGAGCAGUGUUUGGAGGCAUUUAAGCAAGUGUUUGGAAGCCUGGAGAGCCAUCAGACCUCCCAGGUGAGAUACCUGAAGACCUAUCAGGAGGUAGGAGAGAGAGUCUCAGCCUAUGUGUUAUGGCUAGAGACCCUGCAGCAGAGAGCCGUGGAGAAACCAGCCAUCCCUAGGAAUAUCGCAGAUCAGGUCCACCUGGAGCAAGUCGUGGCUGGGGCCAGCCGUAGCAAAAUCCUCUGGUGCAGGCUUCAGCCACCUCCCAGCUUCCUGGAGUUAAUGGAGGUUAUACGGGAAGAGGAAGAAGAGGAGGCGUCUUUUGAAAAUGAGAACCUUGAAGAAGCAGAUGAGGGGAAAGGCUGUGGCCACUGGGAUAAUGAGGCAGAUGACUAA